AAAAGAAAAGAAUUUUAAUGGAGGUUGGGAGAGUAGGAAGAUUAUCAACAAGUGGAAGAUCAGAAGCAGAAUCAUUAUGUCCAACUCCAGAUAGAGGAAAACAUAUUUUAAAGAGCAAUGAAGAGCAGCAGAAUUAUCAGAAACAACAACAACAUCCGAAGAAUAAAAUAGUAAAGAUGUUUAAUAAGGUGCAAGUUGUGUAUUAUCUCACUAGAAAUGGUCAGCUUGAACAUCCUCAUUAUUUGGAAGUCUCCCAUUUAGCUACUCAACCUCUUCGUCUCAAAGACGUGAUCGACAGACUAGCAGUGCUCAGAGGUAAAGCUAUGCCUUGUCAAUAUUCAUGGUCUUGCAAAAGGAGUUAUAAGAAUGGAUAUGUUUGGAAUGACUUGACGGAGAGUGAUGCUAUUUAUGCUUCUGAUGGAUCAGAAUAUGUACUCAAAGGUUCUGAACUCCUACACCAAACAGACUUCACUUCUGAAAUAAGGCUAGAAGAGCUGCAAAUCAAACAGAGACAGGAAAGAAAAAUGGGCUGUCAUACAAAAACUAAUGGAUUAGAAAAGAAUAAAUCAGUCGGUAUUCACCAACAACACCAUUAUAGACAAGAAGUUGUUAAAAACUAUCAGCAAAACAUAAUCAACAAGAACAGUGAAGAAGCAGAGGAAGAAGAAGAAAAAGGAAGUUGCAACAGUUCAAAUGCACCUUACUCAACUCUGCAAAUUGAACAAGAUGAAUCCUACUCUCUCCCUUCCACCUCUUCAACAAACUCCGACAAACAACCGCCACCACCACCUCCACCAAAACCACCAAUGCCACAACCACAAGCAACAAAAUCAUCCUCAGAACAUUCGAGAAGGUUACAGAAAGAAACUUCUAGAACAUUCAUAGAAGAAGAUGGGGACCCCACAUUUACCACUAGCUUAACUCGCAAUAGUGCAAUUCUUCUCCACUUGAUUGCUUGUGGAGGAGGUGGCAUUGUUGGUAACACUAACACCCAAGAAAGGAGGAAAUCAAAAUCUAAUAAUUGUGUAGGAAGCAGCAGAAACUCCAAUUUCAGUAUGCCAUGUUUGAAACAACAAUUAAGUAUUCGACCAUCUAGUAAGAAUGAUAGUAAUGCAGUAAAAUCAGUAAUAGAGUCAUGCAACAGAGAAAGUAAGGCGGGAAAUGGUGAUGAUGAUAAUGCAAUUGGAAGAACAGAAGAUGAUGAAGAUGAAGAUAUGAUGAUGGUAAGGUAUAUGUCUGAGAAUCCGAGGUUUGGAAAUUUACAGUCAGAAGAGAAAGAGUAUUUCAGCGGAACAAUUGUUGAAACUAUGGCUACUCAACAAACUCAUCAUCAGCAUAAUCAUUCUUCUGGCUCUGCUACUUAUCCUUACUCACAAACUCCAGUUUUCACUAAAUCUUCCUCCUACAAUGAGCAAAGGAGCGUAAAGGCUGGGUUAGGAGCAGCAGUAGCAUCAACAAUGUCGGAUGAGGAGGAAGACAAAGAAGAUUCAAAAGUUAAAGGGAUCAUAAAAUUGUGUAUUCCUCGGAAGAAAAGUUCUUCCAGUAGGCAAACUUAGCAAGUUAUGAGCAUAUGGUUCUCAUAAUUUUAUUAGGCUCCUUUCUAAUACAUUAGGCUGAUUAAUUGACUAUUUUUAUUGUUUGGAAAUUGGAAAGUAA